AUUGUGUACCCGCCAUUCCUCCAUAUUGAGCCCAGCCCCUCCCUCCUGCCGACUCAUGCCCUCAGCCAUCAUGGCGGCCGUGUUGCCGUGGUAACGGCCGCACCGCGCCUGCGCCGCCGCCCUUUUUCGUUCCAAGAUGGCGCUGGCGAGCGUGGUACGGGCGGAGGCUCCGCUCCCGUCCCGUUCCCUCCUCCCGGGACUCGCCGCGCCCCGGGACCCGGCCGGGCCCCCCGCCGGCAUCGCCGCCCCCCUCCUCCGGGAGCUGCCGCCGCUGCUGCCCGGGCCCGGCAUCCACCUCCUGCACGGCACCACCACCCUGGCCUUCAAGCUGCCCCAUGGCGUGGUGCUGGCUGUUGACUCGCGCGCCACGGCCGGCUCUUAUGUGGCAUCGCAGUCGGUGCAGAAGGUGCUGGAGGUGAGCGCGCGGGUGCUGGGCACCCUGGCUGGCGGCGCCGCUGACUGCGCCUUCUGGCAGCGAGUGCUGGCGCGGCAGUGCCGUGUGUACCGCCUGCGUCACCGGCAGCACGCCUCGGUGGCCGCCGCUGCCAAGCUGCUGGCCAACAUGGUGUACCAGUACAAGGGCAUGGGGCUCAGCAUGGGCACCAUGAUCGGCGGCUGGGACAAGAGGGGGCCUGGCCUCUACUAUGUGGACAGCGAUGGCACACGCAUUCCAGGCACCGCCUUUGCCGUGGGUUCGGGCUCGCCCUACGCCUAUGGGGUGCUGGACCGCGGCUACCACCCAGAGCUGGAGCUGGAGCCUGCCUGUGCCCUGGCGCGCCGCGCCAUCUUCCAGGCUGCACACCGUGACGCCUACUCGGGCGGCCGUGUCUCCGUCUACCACGUGGGGCCCGAGGGCUGGCGCCGCGUCUCCUGCGACAACGUAGCUGAGCUGCAGGAGCGCUACGGGGCCGAGUGGGAUGGCAGCGAGUGAAGGAACAGUGUGGAACAGGCGGGUGGGGGGCGA